AUGCAAAAAUACAUUUUGGUCACUGGCGGUGCUGGCUACAUUGGAUCACAUACGGUUGUGGAGCUUAUCCAACACGGCUAUAAAGUUGUCAUCGUUGACAAUCUCGUCAACUCCAGUUACGACGCGGUUUCUCGAAUCGAGUACAUCGUCAAACAACCCGUUCCGUUCUUCAAUGUCGACAUUGGAGACUAUGAGGGCCUUCUCAAGGUUUUCCAGUCUUAUGACAUUGGCGGAGUGAUUCACUUUGCGGCAUUGAAAGCUGUGGGCGAGUCGACAAAAAUCCCAUUGGAAUACUACGAGAACAACGUGGGCGGAACCAUUACCUUGCUCAAGGUUAUGAAAAAAGCUAACGUGAAAACCAUUGUCUUCAGUUCUUCAGCCACCGUGUACGGAGAUGCCACCAGAUUCGAGAACAUGAUUCCCAUCCCAGAGCAUUGCCCUAACGACCCAACGAACCCAUACGGAAAGACAAAGUACAUCAUCGAAAACAUCUUGAAGGAUGUGAGCACAGCAGACCCUACUUGGAGAGCGGCAAUUUUGCGCUACUUCAAUCCGAUCGGCGCUCAUCCAUCUGGUCUCAUUGGAGAAGACCCAUUGGGCAUUCCCAAUAACCUUUUGCCCUACUUAGCACAGGUUGCUAUCGGCAGAAGAGAAAAACUCUCCAUCUUUGGCAAUGACUACAAUAGCCAUGACGGAACUCCAAUCAGAGACUACAUUCAUGUGGUGGACUUGGCCAAGGGUCACAUUGCUGCUUUGAGCUACUUGAACAAAAUCGAAGAAGACAAGGGACUCUACCGCGCCUGGAACUUGGGAACAGGAAAGGGCUCCACUGUUUUCGACGUUUACCAUGCCUUCUGCAAGGCUGUUGGACGCGAAUUGCCAUAUGAAGUUGUUGGCAGAAGAGCCGGCGAUGUCUUGGACUUGACGGCAAACCCAACACGUGCCAACACAGAACUUCAGUGGUCCACAACCCUCAGCAUCGAAGAUUCGUGCCGUGACUUGUGGAACUGGACCACCAAAAACCCUUUUGGAUACCACACGGAAGGCUAUAGCUGGAAGCUUUUCGGAGACGAAAGCUCGCACCAGAGCAGAUUGCACACGGUUUCGUUUCCAGAAGCAAAGGUUGAGUUCUCUAUUGCAAACUACGGAGCUACUAUCCAAAGCAUUAAAAAAGACGGACACCAAUACGUGGCUGGGUAUGACGAUCUUUCCGGUUACAAGCAGGCACUGAAUCCAUUUUUUGGCGCCACUAUCGGAAGAGUGGCCAACAGAAUCAGCAAUGCUGAGUUUUCUAUUGACGGAUCCAAGUAUAGUGUCUCCAAGAACGAAAAUGGCACCAACUGCUUGCAUGGUGGUGAGAACGGAUUUGACAAGAACUACUUCUUGGGCCCUAUUGUCCGCAAAAACGAGAACAACGACAUUACAUUAAGCUUCGUCUAUGCCGAAAAAGAUGGCUCCAACGGCUUCCCGGCUGAUUUGGUCACUUAUGUCAACUACACCGUGAACUCGUCUUCUUUCCAAAUCGAGUACGAAGGCCGAGAUUCCACAAACAUCUUCAAGUAG